AUGUCCGUCAGUCCCGGCUCCGUUCCCCGCCAUGCCGAGAUGGACGACACCGCGCUGCCCCCCAUGAGCUCCAAGCAGCUGGUGACGGCCAGAUCGCGUCGUCAACUUCGCGGUUCCGAGUCCUCUAUCGUUAUAAGUAAUCGCGCCGCUGCCACGCUGGGAUACGGCGCCCCGGAUUCGUUUUCCGGAUUGAUGGGCCGCGGCGGACCCGGCUCGCAUCGGCGCACGGGAAGCACGUUACGGACGGUGAUGAAGAAGAUCUUCACUCGCAAGCGGGGCAGUCAACACGACGGGUUCGAUUCCGAUUACAACUUCAGCAGCGCCAACUCGUCACAUCCGAGUCAGGUCAACGGGAUGGCAGGCGACCCGUCCUACUCCCUCCCCAAUUCCUUGAAUUCCAAACGCAGCGGCGGAUUGGCGCAGAAGGAGGUGGGCAACGGAGGUCCCAUGACGCUGAACGACGCCCUGGCGAAACUGGAGAUUCGGCCGCCGCGACAACGCCGAGCUACCCUGCCCAGUUUGAUCUUCUCCGACGACGAGUCCCGCGAUGCGCUGGAGGACGUGGUUUCCGGUCGACCGGAGGGCAAUCGCAGUCGUAAGAAUUCUUUACAUCCGAACCCCGACUCGCUGGACGAUCGGCGACGAAAACGCCGGUCCAGGAGCGCAGGACAGCUGCGCAGUAUGGCCCGGGAUCAUCGCAUGUCGCCGAUUCAGUGGAGACGGCGGAGUAUCGAGUCGUACGUUGGGUCGACGGCGUACACUGCCGUGUCGGACAGCGAGAUAUCCAUCCGGCCCCCGACGAGGGCCACAGUGACCAGCCUGCCAAAGCCGUGCACCGAACCGUCCAUGUACGAGGAGGUGACCCAUACCGAAACCAGCGUUCAAGCGGAAGCCGAAAGUAUCGCGCCCAACGCGGGUACUCUGGUCAACGCCAUGCAAGACAGCGAAAAUGUGUCCAUGGAACAGCGGCUGGCCACCCUGGAAAUCAAACUGAUCGAUCUGGAGUUUGCCAUUGCGCGCAUGCAAACGAACCAGAGUAGCGCAUCCUCGCCUGCAGCGACUCCAGUCCCGUCGAAGAAACCCGAACCGACGACGACCGACCGUCGACACAAUCGCAAGAAGUCCACAGCGCGUUCUCCUCCGGACACGUCCCACUCUAAUCACCAAUCCGACCGCCCUGUCAGCACGGGCACAAUCCGUCCUGGCACCACCAACACGACUGCCAGCAGCGCGAAUGUGCACCGCUCGCGAACACUGCAGCCCCCAUCCUCCACCUCCCUUAGCGACACCAACUCUAUCUCUAUCGAGCAAUACAGCGCUCUGGUCACGCUGCUGCGUCGCGAACAGACCGCCCGACGGAACCUCGAGGGUGAAGUCUCCAGUCUUCGCGACGACAUCAAACAGCUCCAAUGCAUGGCUCGGGAGUCCGUCGGCAUCGGAACGAUGUAUCCCAUCCGCAGCGCCGACUCGCAGGAAUUUCUGCGCAUGAGACAGGCUGGUCGGUCAGCGACGACGUCGCCGGCUCGCACGGAGGACAAGUUCGGGUGUCCGUCGCCAUACGAGAGCGAUUCCGAAUGGGAUCGGCCGGAAAUACCGGCCAAAGAUGAAUACUAUAAACCGAGGUGGCAGAACCGGAGGGUUGAAGUUUCGGGGAUGAUCUAG